AUGGGAGAUCGAUUAGGAUCUACAUCGAAUUCAUUAUCAUUGAAUCCUGUUGAUACAUGCAAUGCUUAUUAUUCUUUAAGUCAAGAUGGUAAUACAACUCUUACAUCGCCAUCGAAUGUUAUAGCUGCUGCGGCUGCUCCUACUACUGCUAGUUCAACAACAUCUAGUACGCUUUGCAUGCUUAUAGAUGGUCGUCCUAUUCAACAACGUUGUAAAUUAUUAAACGAUGGUCUUAUGCAAAUUUGUCGUGUUCCUCAUGCAAGAAAUAUUAUUGAAAAAAUCCGUUUUUCCCGUUUUCUUCGUCGGUGGGAAGAUCAUCAUCUCUCUCUUGAACACACUGAAAUAUUAUCCAACACAAAUGAAGGUUAUAUGGAUCGACCAAUACUUUAUACAUCAAUAGAAGAUAUGUGUCCAUGGUCAAAAACUAAAAUGAUUGAUUCAAAAUAUCGUUUUUGUAUUCGAAUUGUUACAAAUGAAUGUAUUUAUUUUCUUCAAGUCGGUACACUUUAUUUAAGAGAUCAAUGGUUCUAUUCACUUCAAUGGAAACGUAAUAAAUUAAAAUUUGAACGAAUUUUACGAUCAGCAAAUCGUCCUGAAAUAUUAUUAAAAGAAAUGACACAUAUGAUUGAUUUUGCAAUGACAAUACCAAUUGAAGAUGUUGAAAUUCAUCAAUUUCCACUUGAAAUUAUCUCUGAAAUUCUUCAACAACAACAAUGUAAUUUACCACGAUUUGUUCAUGAAAAUGUAAUUGUAUCCUUAGCACCAUUACUUGAGAAAAAUUAUCCAUCACCAGAAAUAUGUGAUUUUUUUAGUCGACAUUGUCGUGAUAGUCCUCGCUCACAAAUUGUUAUUGAAAUGUUUACACCUGUUGUUCAAAGAAUCUUAAAACAUAAUACUGAUUUUGGUAAAUAUCCUCGUAUGCGUGUAUUUGUUCAAGAAUAUUUACAUGCACUUAAUUCACAAAAUGACGGUUUACAUGUUGUACAAGAGUUUAUUAAAAGAAUACAUGGUCCAACAAUGAUCUGUCCAUUUCCACGUGUUUUAUCAAAUUUUGUUUCAGUUUGUCUUGCAGCUAUUUAUAAUUUUUUUGAAGAUCGAAAAAAUUUUCGAUUUGAAGAUAAAGAUAGUUGUCGAGCAUAUGAAGAAGAAACUGAAAGUCAAUUAAUUUGUUAUACAACAAUGUUACAAACUAUGUAAGUUAUAUAAAAAAUUAAACUUUUCAUAUUUUAAAUUUCGAUUAAAAGGACAUGACGAGCAUACAGAAACUUUUUAUUGAGUAGAAAAAAUCAUACUGAACUUCAAUAUUCCAUAGAUUUACAUUCUACGCUAGCCAGUGACGCAGCCAGAAAUUUUUUUUUGGGGGGGGGGGGACGGCAAUAGAAAAAAGGGAUUUUUUGACUAGCAAAAACGAAUUAGCCUGUACCCCCC